UCGCGCUUGAAUCAAAGAGGUCGCUCACUUCGCUCCCCUCCGACAGAUUAGGAUCGCUGCUUUGACCGGAUUUACAGGUGCAGCUGCUUCUGAAAGUGGUCUCAGAUCAGGAUUGAGGCCAUGGCUGAGGAGAGGUCCAGGAAGAGGUUCCGGUAUGAAGCCACUUGCCCCGUCUGCCUCGGUUACUUUGCCAGCCCAGUGAUGCUCGACUGCGGGCACAGCUUCUGCCAAACAUGCAUCGUGAGAUGCUGGGAGGCAUCUGGCGCAGAUGCCAGGUGCCCUGAGUGCAGAAGGACUGUUGAAAGGAACUUCAAGCCAAACAGGAGUCUCUCAAACCUGGUUGAGAUACUCAGCGAGUGGGUUGCAUCUGCAGAGAGAGAGGCUUGGAAAAGACGCUCAGAGUGCCGGUGGCACCAGCAGCCCCUGGACCUCUUUUGCAAGGACGACCACACCCCCUUCUGCAGGGAGUGUGGCAGAUCCCAAGAGCACAGCGGUCACAGGGUGGUCCCCGUGGAGGAAAUCGCCCGAGUGUGCAAGAGCGAGAUCUGCAGAUGGCUGGAGAAUCUGAAGGAGGAUAGAGCAAAAAUCCUGGCGUAUAAGGCAGACACAGAAAAUGAAUGGCAACACCUGUGUAAGGAAACAAAAUCAAAGAAGCAAAAGAUAAUGGAUGAGUUUGGCCGACUACAUCGGUUUUUGAAAGAACAAGAACAGCUUCUGCUGAAGGAAAUGGAAGGGGUGGAGAAUGAGAUUGCAAGGAAAAGGGACGAGCACCUGGCCAGGAUCUCCAGGGAACUCUCCUCUCUUAAAAAUAUUGUCCAGGAGUUGGAGGAGAAGCUUCAACAGCCAGCUUGUGCAAUCCUGGAGGAUCUUAAAAGCACUUUGGACAGGUAUAAGGAGAGAGCAAUGUUUGGGAUGCCCGUGGUUUUUUCUGCUGCACUGAAAUGGAGGGUCUCAGAAUUCUGUGACAUAAAUCCCUUUAUGGAAGGCGUCAUACGGCAAUUCAAAGACACUCUAGUAUCUGAACUCCCACAGCAAAAAGCAAAUAUAACUCUGGAUCCGGACACCGCUCAUCCCCAACUCAUCCUGUCUGAGAAUCGCCGGAGUGUGAGAUGGGAAGAUACAAGUCAAGAACUGCCUGAGAAUCCUCAGAGAUUUGACCAACUUACUGUGGUUCUGGGGUGUGACGGUGAGGGGUUUACAGCAGGCAGACACAGCUGGGAAGUAGUUGUGGGGAAGGAAGGAGAAUGGGGUGUGGGGGUUGCCAGGAAGUCUCUGAAGAGAAAGGGCAAGUUCAGCUUUACUCCUGAGGAAGGGAUCUGGGCUAUGGGGAAGUGGAAAGGUCGGUACAGGCCUCUUGACCGCCCUCGUUCUUGUCUUUGCAUGACUGUGGAGCUGAAGAGGAUUGGAGUGACUGUGAACUAUGCAGGGCAACGAGUGGCCUUUUUUGAUGCUGAUACAGGAAACCAACUACUUGUCUUUGCAAAAGCCUCAUUCUCUGGAGAGACCCUUCUCCCCUUCUUUUGGCUGGGGAAGGAAGCCUCACUGGCGCUCUCUCCUGUAGCGGGCUAACAUGGCUACCCCUCCAGAAAACAACAGAAAUUAUGGAAAAUUAAACUUUAAUCA